AUGUUCAACUUUAUGACCCUAGAAGCCUGCCUGGCAAUUUUCCUCUGUGCAGUAGGGAUGAGUAUCGUGUAUAUGAUUCGUGCACGCGGUGGUCGCAAGCAGCUCUCAGUGACCUGGCAGAGCAUUCUGCCCAAAACAGCUUCCGGCGCAGUGGCACAGCUGCCUGCCAAAUUCUUCGAUGAUCAGUCCUGUGUUCUUCAGAUCGAAGAAAAAAUGGUGCAUGUUACAAUUAAGUACGAGGAUGCGGUGAGCGAGCUCCGACUGUUGAGAGAGGCGGACACAAAAAAACUGCAGCGGAUGAAUGCGGAACUGGAGGAGACUAAGUUGAAAUACAAAUCAGCUUAUGAUGAGGGUAUGGCUAAACGCGAAGAAGUACAAAUGGCUAAAAUAAAGCUCAGCGAUUACAUGGCGGAGAAGGACAAAUACCUCCAAGAUUUGGUAGAAGAAGGAGAGCGUCAGUUGGGAAUAAAUGAUCAACUGAGGGGGAAGGCGAAGAUGUAUGGUAUUGAAGUGUGA